AUGAGCUCGGGAUCCGAGCCCCGGACACCCCGGACACCCUUCAGCAUCGCAGACAUCCUAGGCCCGUGCAAGAUUCCCCGAAGACCCUCUGUGUCGCGGCCUCCAGAGUCGAACCAGGGGCCCACGUCGCCGCUGUGCGCGCUGGAGGAGCUGACUAGUAAAACUUUCCGCGGACUUGACGGGCACACACCGCAGCCCUCUGAAGGCCGCGCGGCCCCGGGCGCGCUGGGCCCCGACCCGGCUGGCCGCAGACGGCGGAAGUCACGCACGGCGUUCACCGCGCAGCAGGUGCUGGAGCUGGAGCGGCGCUUCGUCUUCCAGAAGUACCUGGCGCCGUCCGAGCGCGACGGGCUGGCGGCUCGGCUCGGCUUGGCCAACGCGCAGGUCGUCACGUGGUUCCAGAACCGGCGCGCCAAGCUCAAGCGCGACGUGGAGGAGAUGCGCGCCGACCUGGCCUCGCUGCGCUCGCUGUCCCCGGAAGCCCAGGGCCGCCUCGCGCUGCCGGACGGCGCCCCGGGCCUCGGCCCUCGCCCCGCCCGGCCUGACUCUGAGCUCCAUCUUUCUGACGAGGAGAUACAGGUGGACGAUUGAAGGCAAAGCUGCCUCCAGGGCUCUGCGGGCGCUGACCUCCGCGCCCCCGCGCCCUGCCCGGGUUCCGGGGUAGGAGGAAGGGUGUCCAUCCGCCCCUUUCGGUUCACAGUCCAGACGCCCACCUUCCCCGAUUGUUGAGAAUCAAGUCCAGACUUUGCCCCAGCACUCCUCAAUCCUGGCGGGAGCAAAACCUCCUGGUUAUUGCGAAGAUUCCAUGCUUUGCACUGUGCCUAGCGCUUUAAAUCCGAGGUUUCCCUUAACUCUCAUAGCAACCCUAUAAGGUAGGUGAUACGGUUAUGUCCGUUUUACAAAAGAAGAACCCCUAAGUCAGAUGUAGACCCAGGCAUCCAACCACCCUUCAGAGCUGGUGCUUGUCAGCUCUCUGCUCCGGAGACGCUGGGUGAGGGGAAGGGCACUGGACUCUGAUAGCUGCCAACCCCUCCUCUAGGCCCGCCUCGGGGCUUCCCUGGUAGCUCAGCUGGUAAAGAACCCUCCUGCAAUGCAAGAGACCCGGUUCGAUUCCUGGGUCGGGAAGAUCCGCGGGCGAAGG